UUGACAUAUUUUUGACAAGAUGAUGUUUAUAAUGUUUAUAUUUUGUUGUGAUUUGCUUCUCUAACAGCUGAUAAAGCUAACCUAAUCAAAAAUUACGUUUUAUUGCAGCAUUUUGUUUCAAUGAAAAUAACAAAUAGUUAAUACCAUGUCGAAUUCGCAAGAUAAAUCCACAAAUGGCUUAGGUUCUGAUCCAUUACAAAGACUAGCAUCGUUCAAACCACCGCGUGAUCUUUCCCUGGGAGGUGUAAAACCAAAUAAAAAAGUUUUUACUCCAAAUUUAAAUGUAACAAGAAGUAGAAACAAAGGAGUCCCAUUAGCAAACAGCCGCGAGCACAAGAAAAAUGACAAGGACAAGAGGGAUAGGGUAAAUAAUAAAAACAAAAGAAAAGAUCCUUCAAUUAUAAAAUCUGCUGGUGUAUUUUCUGAAGGUUUAGGAGCUGUAGAGAGAAGUCAUUACAGAGGGCCGUCUUAUGCCAGAGAUGGGGAAGGAGCCCCUGCUCUGCAAAGACCAACCAUAAGAGUAAAAGAUGUAAUUAAAAUUGAUAAAGAACUAGAAGAACAGAAGAUCAAGUCUGUAGUCGGUGGUGAUGAUGGCCUGGAUGAGGAAGUUGAAGACUUUAAGCAAUCAUUUGAAACUGAUGCUCCAAUCAAACUGCCCAUAGAUGAUGGUUGGUUAUACAGUCAGCCAAAACCAACGGUUAAAAUCAAACAGGAAGUGGUUGUGAAAACGGAACCUACUGAAUAUGCUGAUUGUCCAAUGCCAGAAGUCGACAAGAAACCCAUAAUCCCAGCAGAGUUUGAAGACACAAAUAUCACAAACUUAUUAAAGAGUGAUAAGCCAACACUUAUUUUAUUACAGUUGCCAACUUCUCUGCCGGGACGGAGUGGUGGAGGAGACGCGAAUGAGGAUUCCCGUGGCAAAAGCAAUAAGGAAACACAGGAUGAUCCCAGUGAGGGCGGCGAGGAGAGCUGCGUGUUGUCUGGAUUGCAGGAGGGUCGCGUGGGCAGGCUUCAGGUUCGCCGCUCCGGACGAGUCACUCUUCUACUGGGUGACACUGUCUUUGAGGUAUGUCCAGGCACCAAGGCAGCGUUCCACCAGGAGGCAGUCUCAGUCAGUGUGGAGGAUGCAGCACGAUCAGCAAGACUAGUCUCACUUGGCCCACUACAGCACAAGCUAACUAUACUGCCUGACUGGCAGACUAUGUUUACUGAUAUGGCUUUGUAGGCUGUAUGUAACUGUAAAACUGUUGAACACCUGCAUUACCAUCCUUCUUAUAUUCCUUUGUAAAAACUGAGUUAAAAAAUAAUUUAAGGCAUGUUAUGACAGUUGGUGUAUUAAUAAAAUGUU